AUGCAUCACUCGUCUGUCUUCAACUCCUCACCACCUCCUCUCUCCUCAUCCUCGUUAGCCAGGAACCGUCUCCAGGUAACCUCACCUCACCUCCACCCUCAGGUAACCUCACCUCACCUCCUCUCCCAGACCCAAGCAUCCUCACCUCACCUCUGUCCUCAGACCCAUGUAACCUCCCCUCACCCUCAGGUUACCUCCCCUCACCUCCCUCACCCUCAGGUAACCUCCCCUCACCUCCCUCACCCUCAGGUUACCUCACCUCACCUCCCUCACCCUCAGGUAACCCCCCCUCACUCUCAGGUAACCUUACCUCACCUCCCUCACAUCUCUCACCCUCAGCUAACCUCCUAUCACUUCCCUGAACCCCGGGUAACCUCACCUCACCUCCUCCCACACCCUCAGCUAACCUACCCUCACCUCCCUGACCCUCAGGUAUCCUCACCUCACCUCCCUCACCCUCAGGUAACCUCACCUCACCUCCCUGAACCCCAGGUAACUGUAACCUCACCUCGCCUCCUCCCACACCCUCAGCUAACCUCCCCUCACCUCCCUGACCCUCAGGUAUCCUCACCUCACCUCCCUCACCUUUACAUAACCUCACUUGACCUCCUCCCUCAGACCCAGGUAUCCUCACCUCACCUCCUCCCUCAGACCCAAGGAUCCUCACCUCACCUCUGUCCUCAGACCCAUAUUACCUCCCCUCACCCUCAGGUAACCUCACCUCACCUCCUCUCCCUGCCCCAGCACCUCCUCUCCAAACAAACUGUAGAUGUAGAUCAUCCAGAGUGGAGCAGGUCUGAACCACCUGCUGAACGUCCCUAUCUGCUCACCACAGCCCACCUUGAUCACCAGAACCAGUUCAGUACUGGUGCGAGUCACUACAGACCGCCCCACAACAGUCACAUAGACCUGGCCGGUGGCGUGUGCGGACAGGGGGACACACCUGGUCCAGGUCAUAACACCUGGAGGCCGACUCUGCCCCAGGGAGGAUGGAGCUCUGUCGACUUCACCUCAUCAUCGGCUGAAGAUUUCUCCAGCACGCAUUUCUUCCGCCACAGUUGCCAUGAAAACAGUAGCGCACAGCCCUUCUGUAGCCUCACCACCCCUGGUCUGAGUCCUCAUUACCCACAAACCCCGACCCUGUCCAGCCCCGAUGCACAGGGUCAUCCUGGUAAAGAGAAGCAGACACUCAGACAGGUGGGUGAAGAUCAAACCCUUCACUGGUGUCUGGAUGAGUACAACAGCUACCGUCUGACCUCCGACCCCAGUCAGCCCCGCCCCCUCCAGACCAGCCGACACCUUCUCCACAACCACAGGGAUCUGAUCCAGGACCAGACAGGCCUCCUGCACAGCCACAGGGAUCUGAUCCAGGACCAGACAGGCCUCCUGCACAGCCACAGGGAUCUGAUCCAGAACCAGACGGGUGUCCUCCACAACCACAGGGAUCUGAUCCAGGACCGGAGGGGUGUCCUCAACAGCCACAGGGAUCUGAUCCAGGAGCAGACGGGCCUCCUCCACACUGCUGCAAACUCAGCCAGCUGUUUCUGUCCACAGGGAAGAGGACAGGACUUGAGCAGCACCGCCCCACCCAAAGGCCUCCCUGUAAAACGUCUGAAACCCAAGGACAACUCUGCGCUUCUAAAGUCCAGGCUGCUCUGUUCGGUGUGUCAGCGUGACUUCAGGAGUCUGCCGGCGCUCAACGGUCACAUGCGCUCCCACAGUCGAUCCAGAUCAGCGUCAUGGUCCAACAAGGGUGACGACUCCUCCGCCCCAACGGUCCAACCCUCUGUCUCCAUGGUGAUGCCUGUCUCUGUGCCCGUCCAAUCUAAAGCAUGUAGGAGUGGACAGAGGCGAGGCAGUCAUCUGUCUCCAGCCACAGGAGGUGCUGCGCUGCUGUACCGCAGCCUGCUGCACCACAGAGAAGAGGAAGCUGUAGCUGAGGAUGGUGAGGCAGGUGAUGGAGCGGUUGCCAUGGGUGACGGUGCACACUACACCCCUCCGCCCAUGCUGUGCCCCAUCAGGGCGGGGCCCGGCUUGUACUGCUCCCUCGCCACCAGGAGGCAGCAGAAAGUGCAGGCGGUGCAGCUUCACAACACACAUAACGGACUCAGCGAUCUUGUUUCCAUGGAGACGGCCUCCCCUCCUCCAGGGACGAUACUCAACAAGCCACGGAUCAACGAGGGGCGGAGCUUCCAGGCUGAGAUCCCACCUCUGCUGGGUCGAGAACACACUGACGCUGACCCCCACAAUGCACUGCUGCUGUGGACGCCGUGGGACGAGCUGGAGCGUCCUGUCAAUCGUCAGAGAGUUGAAGCUCUGAUGAUGAUGGCUCGCUCCAGCGUGGUGCCGGGGGGCGGGGCCAGCCCGGAGUCUGCCCUCCAUGUCCUAUCAGAGUGCAGAGGAGACUUCCUGCUGACAGUGCAGAAAUUUCUGUCAACUCCUGAGACCUCCGACGACCACACAGCGCCGCACCAUCAGGGUGUGAGGUGGAGCGCAGCAGAGAGGAGGAUGAUGGUCAAAUCUCUGCACCUUCAUCACAAAGACUUCAGACGAGUCCAUGAGACUGUUCAGACUAAGUCCCUGUCUCAGUGUGUGGAGUUCUACUACCUCUGGAAGAAGAAGCUGAGCCUGAUCAGGAGGCCCCCUGCUGGACUGACCAUAUCACUGCCCAACACAAAGGGUCAAAGGUCACCAGGAUCCCAUGAUGCAUCAUGAUCCACUGCUGGAGUGACACACUACUGACCAACACACACACACACACACACAGUAUCAGCUACCAGCUUCCUCUCAGGUUCAGUCCACUCAGAUAAAACCUCUUAUUUAUUUCCUGUCUGAUGUCACAAGUCGUGAACAUUAAAGAACUUUCUGGAGGCAAA